AGCUGCAGGAGACGUUCACCUGCUUCAGGUGUGCAGGCGUGUGGACCAGGUGUGGGAUCUGACUUGACCAGGACUCAGGAUUAUUAUGCUUUUAAAGAGCCAGAAGUUUGGGAUUGAAAAGUGAAAAACAGUGAAGAGCUGAACGUCGAGUGAAGGAUUCAGAAGAGAAGACGAAAGAGGAGAAACACACAAAAUAGCCAGGAUGGGGAGAAAAAAGAUUCAGAUAGCGCGGAUUAUGGAUGAACGGAACAGACAUGUGACUUUCACCAAGCGUAAGUUUGGUCUGAUGAAGAAGGCGUACGAGCUGAGCGUACUGUGCGACUGCGAGAUCGCCCUCAUCAUCUUCAACAGCACCAACAAGCUGUUCCAGUACGCCAGCACCGACAUGGACAAAGUUCUGCUCAAAUACACCGAGUACAACGAGCCGCACGAGAGCCGGACCAACUCGGACAUCGUGGACACGCUGCGUAAGAAAGGAUUAAACGGCUGUGACAGCCCGGACAUCGAGGCCGACGACUCGGCCGGUCAGAGUCCGGAGUCUGAGGACAAAUACCGCAAAAUCAACGAAGACAUCGACCUGAUGAUCAACAGACAGAGACUCUGCCAGGGUCUGCCUCCCUCUAACUACGACAUGGGGGUCUCCCUCCCCGGCGGUAACCCCGGCGGUCUGCUGUACUCUCACCCCGCCGUCGGCUGCGGUCUCUCCAACCACAACCUGCUGCCGGUCUCACACACACACCCGUCCCUGCAGAGGAACAGCAUGUCCCCUCAGAGACCCUCCAGCGCUGGAAACGCAGGACUGAUGGGAUCAGAGCUGCCGGGCUCGGUGGUCUCCAGCGUCGUGAACGGCAGCUACAGCAGUCACUGCACCUCCCCCGGCCUCCUCUCUCCUGGAGGCGUCUCCAAGAACCUGCAGGAGAAGAGUCCUCCUCACAUGAACAUGAGCCGGAAACCAGACCUGAGGACCCUCAUGCCCCCCUCCAACAAGUGCAACAACAUGCCCACCAUCAACCAGAGAAUAAAUCACUCUCAGACGGCUCAGACUCUGUCCACCCCGGCCGUGUCCCUCUCUGCUCAGACUCUGCCGGGUCAGGGGAUGGGAGGGUAUGCAUCCAGUCUCUCCUCCUACGGCUCAGAGUUCUCCCAGGGCAGCGACCUGUCCGCUCUCGGGUUCGGUUCUGGUCUUGGUUCAAUGACGAGCUGGCAGAUCCAGAACCUGCAGCACGGACACAUGGGGAACUUUCAGGACUCAAACAUGAACCAGCAACACCAGCACCUCCAAAUCAAGACCGAGCCGACCUCCCCUCCCCGAAACCGGAGCAUGAUGGGAGCCGGACUCGGAGGCGGCAUCCACACAUCCGGAUACUCCUCCGCCGCGGGCCGGUGUCCCACCGAGCCGGGCCGCUCCCCCGGCGACAGCGCGGCGUCCAGCUGCGGGAGCUCGUACGAAGGCAGCGAGGACCGCGAGGAUCACCACAUCAACGACAACUUCCUGCUGCGACCCAUGUCCAAUCAGGACGAGCGGCACAGUCCGUCGGUGAAGAGGAUGAGGCUAUCAGAGGGGUGGGCCACAUGA